AUGGCUCUAAACGCAAGCGGAACCAUCCUGCGCACGGUGGAUCAUGAGAAGGAAGACACCGAGCAAAUUCUUAAAAAUACCGAGAACCAGUCCUGGAAAGUCUGGCCAAACGGGGCAGGCUUUGAAGGGCUUGAAGAGCACCGCGGCCCACUCCGUUUACACGUCAAAGGUACUAUUCCGUCGUGGGCGGCGGGUACUUUAUAUCGAACUGGGCCGGGCCAGAAUGUUGUCGAGAACACCGUCAAAGGGACUCACAAUGUAUCACACUGGUUUGACGGCUUUGCCCACACCCACAAGUUUGACAUUGUUCCCUCAGAAGUCGACGACGGUAGCACAACGGUGCUUUAUUCGUCCCGACGCCAGUCCGAAGCCCACGUUGCCAACAUCAAGGAGACAGGCUGGCGUUCCAGCAUUUCCUUUGGGCAGAAGGCUGAUCCUUGUGUUGGACUGUUUGCCAAGUUCAUGAGCAACUUCACUCCCCAACAGCAUACCAACAACGUUGUUCUCCUUCCUAAUGUCCCCGGCCUGCGGGACGGAGCGCCUACUAACCUCGGCCACCAUGUUGAUCGCACCAAUCUUUACAUCAGCACAGACACAAGCACGCUGCAGAGUAUCGAUCCCGCCACGCUCGAGCCCCUCGGCUUCACUAGCCAGAUUUUGCUCGCCUCCACCCAGUAUAUCGCAUAUUCCGCGUGA